AUGUUUGCUUUGGUGUGCUUUUCCAUCAAUCUUUACAUCUGCCGCAAGCCCUGUGAGCUUGACAGGGCCAGGCUCAGCGCCACAGAGAAUCACCCUGUCAGUUUCCAUGUCUCAGCAUCUUCCCCCGGCGGCGUCACUCUUCUCCCUCGCUGCACAGAUCAAAGAACUGACACAUGCCCCAAUGUUGUCUCUCCCCUUUUCCCUUAUAUCUCUGACUUGCACUCUUUCUCAAUCUUAACCCUCUUCCUCUGUCACUCACCAUCUCUUUCUGUCCUUACGUCCAGCUUUCUUCCUGACUACAUCAGUGGGGAUUUUGAUUCCAUUACACCAGAGGUUAAAGCUUUCUAUGCAGACAAGGGGUGCAAGCUCAUAGAAACAGCUGACCAAGAUCUAACUGACUACACCAAAUGUCUUGUAAAAAUGCUGGAAGAGAUACAGACACGGAAGCUGCAGGUGGACACCAUAGUGACACUGGGUGGGCUAGCAGGGAGAUUUGACCAAACCAUGGCAUCGGUUGAGACGCUCUUUCAUGCUCAGUCCAUGACACAGCUACCUGUUUUGAUCAUACAGGAAACAAGCUUGGCAUGCUUACUCAGACCCGGCAACCACAGACUCGGGGUAAACACCAGCCUGGAGGGAGAGUGGUGCAGCCUCAUUCCUGUAGGUGGACCCUGCCAAACAGUCACCACAGGACUCAAAUGGAACCUGGAUAAACAGGUCCUGCAGUUUGGGAAGCUUGUGAGCACCUCCAACACCUAUGAACCCACAGCACCAAGGAGCCCCAGGAAGCCUGUGACUGUGACCACAGACCAGCCUCUGCUUUGGAGCAUGGGCAUCCACAUUAAUGAGAAAUAACAGACUGUUCCGUCAGAAGUAACUACCUUUUGUUUU